AUGGCCGGCUCCGCAAGGUCUGGCUUCCCUGCGCAAACGAAUAGCCGUCUGGACGCGUUCCUGCGGAGGCAGUUGCCGCCCGAGGUCUACGACGACGCCAUCCGCGCCUACGAGCCGUGCAUCGUGGUGUCCGACUCGGAGAAGCACACCUUCAAGUACGUGGUGCUCAGCGAUCGGCUCAUCUACCUGACGGAGAACCCGCCCAAGUCCAUACGGCGAGCCGUGGCGCUGCGGGACGUCGUGGCCAUUGACCUGAUUGAUGAUUACCCACAAUUUUUGAGUCCACCAGAGAACCAACAUAUUCGUAUCACCCAUUCUUCAACUGUUUUGAAAAAAGAGUGUGAACAAUCGAAAGGUGUCAAAUUCUCAUUUCCAUUUCAUCAUGCCACUUCUGACAACAAAAAAGUCAAAGAAGAGAUUAAUGGCUCUGUGUUUUGGAGAGGCAAAGAGCCCAUAAAUUUGAAUGAAUCCUCUCUCAGGAAUGAAGAGAAAAUUAAGCACUUCAGUCAACUUAAAUCUGAACUUUUUCUUAAAGACAAUACUUUGAGGAAGAUAUUUUGCUUAAUUACGGAACUUAAAGUAGCAGCCCAGAAAAACUUCAUUCUGAAACAGCUUUUCUGGAAAACCAGUGACCUUUUUUAUUUCCUGGUGAACAAACUUCAUGAGUACUUGCCAGAGUCUAGGGAUAAGAGCAUACUUCAAAAUAAAAGCCAAAGGGCUGAUGAGCUGGUAGCAUGCAUUGAAAUUAUACAGACUCUGGGACUGAUGUUCAGAGAAACAGAAACUGAGUCAUCGUGCCUGAACACACUGGCAGCUAAGAAGGGAGCAUUGUUUAAUCUUUUGGAUUUAAUUAGUGAACCUCAGAUUCCAAAAUCUUGUCCUAUGUUUGAUAUCCAGUUGGUGGCCGACUCAACUUUAGUUGAGAUGUCUUUUGAUGCUGAGUUACAGAAGCUUAUUGUGGAAUAUACAGAUACAGCCUUGGCACUUUUAUACGAGAUACUUCUUGUCUUUCAGCAGGGAAAUCUUGGAUGGGGAUCAGCAAAGUUUGCUAUUAGCUGGAUGAUGUCCUUCCGACAAAGUCGUCCUCCCAUAAUCACUUUCGUGGCCAGUAUUGUGAAACAAAUGGUAAAGGGGCUUUCAGCUUCAUUUCAGUUGCUAAGUCCCAGCUAAGCAGUUCUGUUGUAUCAGCAAUUUUAAAUCCUCAAGACCUACCUGCAGUACAGCAAGACUUUAGCUGAGUAUAUUAGGAAUGACUACAGAGAAGAAUUCAGGUACUUUAUUCACAUGCCAGCCUUGGAAAAAAGGCUCCCAUUGCAGUACCCUCCUACCCAACCUACCAUUCAACUUUUUCGUGAAGUUCCCAAGUUAGUUGAACAGAAACAAUGUGUGAAAUAUUAA